UUGGAUUUCGACUAACAUCUACUGUGGAACUCGGAGCGAUCGAAGACGAAGGGGGAGGAGAUCGAUUUAGCGACAUUGCCAGCGAGUUGUUCUUCGAAUUCGAAGCUCGCGGCGUCGAGCAUCGGAGCCGGUGAAUUUGAGAUGUCUCACCGAUUAGAACAGAGACGUGGGUUUGAUUCUCAAAUGCUGGAACUCAGGAGAGUAAGAUGAUUUGGGGAGUUUGCGGAGGUGAUUUGAGCAUUGAGGAGUGGGGAUUGGAAAGAGGGGGGUGGGGGAAAGGAAAAUUGUUCUUAGGAUUGCUAAGGUUCUAGUGGUGAUUUGUGGAGGAUAGUGAGGUACGGAUCGUUUCGCCGAUGAUGCCGGAUUCAAGGCUGUUGUCGAACACGAUGGUUCUUGGUGAAGCUAUUGGACGGUUGGAAGUUCAGGAUAAACAUGAGAGUGGUGAUGUUGAUGCAAACCAAUAUCCUGAUCGGCCUGGGGAACCUGACUGCAUAUAUUAUAUGAAGACAGGGUUGUGUGCGUAUGGAAGCAACUGCCGCUAUAAUCAUCCAACCCACUUGGAGCAGGGGACUCAGGAUAAAGGUGAGCUACCACAAAGAGUAGGUCAGCCUGAUUGCCAGUAUUUUUUAAAAAACGGGAUGUGUAAAUUUGGUGCAACAUGCAAAUAUCAUCAUCCACGAGAUAGACGUGAUGCACAACAUGUGCCAUUAAAUGCUUUGGGUCUUCCAAUUCGUCAGGAUCAGAAAUCAUGUCCAUACUUCAUGAGAACAGGAACUUGUAAAUAUGGAAUUGUAUGCAAGUUCAAUCAUCCACAGCCUGCUACUUUUGGGCCCGUUCUUCCUCUAACUGGCUUUCCAACUUAUGGAUCUACAAUGGCUUCUGCAGCAUUAACAUCCAACCUGCCUCUAGCUGGAGUUUCAAGUCACCACUCACAAAACCUUGCCGCAUAUAUGUCUGUUUUCCUUCCAUCUUUCCCUGGGACAAUGCCUGUGCAGCAGGGUUGGCCUGCUUACAUGUUGAACCAGGGCAUUGCAAGCCAUCAUCCAUCCCUGAUGCCAAACUCUAAUAAUAGCGCACAGUCAAGUCUCAGCAGCACAGAAAAUUUCCCCGAGAGACCAGACCAACCAGAAUGCCAAUAUUACAUGAAAACUGGGAGCUGUAAAUUUGGUUCAAUUUGCAAAUAUCAUCACCCAAAAGAAAGAAGCUCUAUAUGCACAAGCACCCUCAGUCCCCUCGGCCUUCCUCUUCGACCUGGCGAGCCUGUUUGUUCUUACUACAUUUUUCAUGGAACCUGCCGUUAUGGCCCAGUGUGCAAAUUUGAUCACCCUUUUGUUGGAUACUAUAACAUGCCAGCAACAUAUUAUACUGAUUCUGUGACACAUCUUCCCAACCAAAGAAAUACAACUAAAACCAUGAAAUCUGAAAUGAAUAAUGGAGUUCUUUCUGCAAAUAGCAACAAGGAGGACAAGAACUCUUCUACACAUGCUUCUUCAAUGUUGCAUAUUUCGCCUUCUUCGGAGUCUACGCAGAAUAACCUUAACUAACUUCAUUUAAUCGUCAUCAAUCAGCUCGGGAUCUUUUCCAGGUUUUGGAAUUUUCAGAAAUGUAAUUGCAGUUUUGUUCUCUGGAAUCAUUCUUACAGUAGCUGGGAAAUGGGAGGCUGAGACGUAUUUCCCGAGUAUAAUGGAGGUAAGAAAUUAUUGCGGCGCUAAGUUAAUUUGUUUUGCAGAUUGAUGUCAAUUGUUUAUUCCCCCAAAAAACUUGAACCUGAAAUGUUAAAUUACUGUUUCUGUGCAAAUAAU